AUGGCUUCGUGGCAGCACUUUCAUUUAUUCAUUCACUCACCACUCGAUGGAUACUACAGCAAAGGAUUGCAUGACAUUCGUCAAGAUGGUACGGCCGCUCUCACUCGCGAGGAGUGCCUUGACAUCUUGCACUUACUGGCGUUCUACAAAAGCAAAGGGGAUAAGACAGGUGGCAAACAUGGUUCAGUGGCACUCGGGAGGAACAUUGCUGCUGUGUGUGGUGUGUGGAACGAGUAUUGCAACUAUGGAACAGUCACCCAGGCUCAACCUGCUGCCAAGAGGCGUGGGAAGAAAGCCGGCUCAUCCUGCUACCAUUUGUCCAAGUCCAACGUGCUUGCUCGGGACUCGUUCGUCAAGGUGAUGCAUCAGUUUGUGGGUGAAUCUCCGAAAGCCAGCGUUGUGUACCUGUAUGAGUUAUUCAUCCACCAGCAUUACAAGCGCCACAGCGACAGCUUAUUCGACCCCAGCGAUGUUUAA